GACCUCGGGGCAAGCCAGUGCUGCCUAGAAAAAGCCUCUGGCUCCUUCCGCGCGGGGGGCUCAGCGAGGGACUCGGGAGGCAGAACCCCCUGCCCGGGGUGCUGCCCCUGUUGCGGCUGGGCAGCCCAACCCGCCGCGGGAGUCAGCGCAGCCGCCCCGGGGUGAAGCGGACCAGAGGCAGCCGGCGGGGCCGGGGGCUGCCCGUCCCCGCCCCAGCGGUCCCCAGCCCCCGUGCGGAGCGGCGCGGAGGGGGUGGCGGCAGCCCUGUGACUCAUGCCUGCGUCGAAGCAGAUCAACCGGCGAUUCACGCUUUCAGAAAAGCAAAUCCGAGCACUUCUGGAAAAAAAAAGGUCAUCUCGCAUUAAAUUCCGCGGCGCGAUUGGUAUUCCGACGUCGUUUCUGGCAGAGUUUAUAAGCGGCGGGUCGCUCCCAGGCUAGAGUCGCCCUGCCUUCCUGGACUACGGCAGCAAGAGUGUCCGCUCACCCCCUCGCAAAUUCCUUGCUGCCCACCCCUCAGAGGAAUAUCGAGGAAACCCGGGCUCCGGAGCUUUUCUGAAGGGAUGGCUUCCUCCGCUCCCUCGUCCUCCAAUGAUGCUCCGGACCCCACCUCACCUAAUUUACGACCUACAACUUAUGACUCGUGGUGCGGCGUGGCUCACGGGUGCACCAGGAAGAUCGGGCUGAAGAUAUGCGGGUUCCUGCAGAGGACCAACAGCCUAGAAGACAAGAGCCGCAUUGUCAGCUCCCUGAAAGAAAGGCAUCAGUCCUCCAAGAGCAUGCUGGCGUGCGAGAACAGCGAGAAGGAAUCCAGGUUCCGGCGCACCGAGACAGACUUCUCCAAUUUGUAUGCCAGAGAUUUGUUGCCCUCCAAGAAUGGUGAGGAGCAGACCAUGCAAUUCCUUCUCGAGGUUGUGGACAUCCUCCUCAACUACGUGAGAAAGACAUUUGACAGAUCCACCAAAGUGCUGGACUUCCACCACCCGCACCAGCUCCUGGAGGGCAUGGAAGGCUUCAACCUGGAGCUUUCGGACAACCCCGAGUCCCUGGAACAGAUUCUGGUGGACUGCCGGGACACGCUGAAAUACGGAGUGAGGACAGGUCAUCCUCGCUUUUUCAAUCAGUUGUCCACAGGACUGGACAUUAUUGGCUUGGCUGGGGAGUGGCUGACAUCAACUGCUAAUACAAACAUGUUUACCUAUGAAAUUGCCCCUGUUUUUGUCCUCAUGGAACAAAUAACACUUCGAAAGAUGCGGGAGAUUAUUGGAUGGUCAAGUGAAGACGGUGAUGGAAUAUUCUCACCUGGAGGAGCCAUCUCCAACAUGUACAGCAUAAUGGCUGCACGUUACAAGUAUUUCCCUGAAGUCAAAACCAAAGGCAUGGCUGCAGUCCCUAAGCUGGUUCUCUUUACCUCAGAGCAUAGUCACUACUCAAUAAAGAAAGCUGGAGCUGCACUUGGAUUUGGAACAGACAAUGUUAUUUUGAUAAAAUGCAAUGAAAGAGGCAAAAUAAUACCAGCUGAUUUGGAGGCGAAAAUUCUGGAAGCAAAACAAAAGGGAUACGUUCCUCUUUUCGUAAAUGCAACUGCAGGCACAACAGUAUAUGGAGCCUUUGAUCCAAUACAGGAGAUUGCAGACAUAUGUGAAAAAUACAACCUCUGGCUCCAUGUAGAUGCUGCCUGGGGAGGUGGACUCUUAAUGUCCCGAAAGCAUCGUCAUAAACUGAAUGGAAUAGAAAGAGCCAACUCAGUCACUUGGAAUCCACACAAGAUGAUGGGAGUGUUGUUACAAUGUUCUGCCAUUCUUGUCCGGGAGAAGGGUAUACUUCAAGGCUGCAAUCAAAUGUGUGCAGGCUAUCUCUUCCAGCCAGACAAACAGUAUGAUGUCUCCUAUGACACUGGAGAUAAGGCAAUACAGUGUGGGCGACAUGUGGACAUUUUCAAAUUCUGGUUGAUGUGGAAAGCAAAGGGUACAGUAGGAUUUGAAAAUCAGAUAAACAAAUGCCUGGAGCUGGCAGAAUAUCUCUACACUAAAAUCAAAAACAGAGAAGAAUUUGAGAUGGUUUUUGAAGGGGAGCCGGAGCACACAAAUGUAUGUUUUUGGUAUAUUCCCCCGAGUCUCAGGGGCAUGCCAGACUCUGAUGAGAGAAGAGAAAAGUUACACAGGGUGGCACCAAAAAUCAAGGCACUGAUGAUGGAGUCAGGUACUACCAUGGUUGGAUAUCAGCCUCAGGGCGAUAAAGUCAACUUCUUCCGAAUGGUCAUCUCCAACCCAGCAGCAACUAAGUCUGACAUUGACUUCCUCAUUGAGGAAAUAGAGAGACUGGGGCAGGAGCUGUAGUACAGUGGUUUCAUUAUUUAUUUGUCUAAUUCACUGUUUUCCAGCACUGGCUAUUUUUUUAACCCAGUUCUGCAGAACACAUUUUAAGGAAAUCCUCUUUCUGUGAAUUCCAGUCUCCUAAGACAUCCUUAAACAAAACAACUGUAGGCUACUGAAAUAUACGUGUAUUGGUAGAUCACAUUAUUGAGGGAAAAUGUAUUAUCUUGAAGUUGAAGUACUAUUGACUCUUACAUUGGUCUUAUUUAUUGUAGACAGCAGGAAAUUAACAAGUACUAAAAUAGUAAAUUAAGAACUCUGCACAGUAUAUAUGUACAGUAUAAAUAAAUAUAUAUAAUUAUAUAUAUACAUACAUAUAUAUAUAAAAAGUGGUUAUAAACUUAGAUCUAAGCCACAGCAUGUUUUCCACUUUAAGAGAAUUAACUUUUCCUUCAACAACUAUUGAUGUGGAUAAUGUGCUACAGGUUUUUCUGCCAGACAGAAAUAGACAUAUAGAAACCUUUCUAAAAUGUAGAUUCUUAGGAGCUAAAGAAAAUGUAUGACAGUAUUAAAUCUUAUUGUUGGUGCUUUUCUCACAUACAAAAGAGCAAUCUUGACAGCACCUUUGAGUAAGAUAGUUGUAUUUGCCCUUUAGUGUCAAAUCAGGGGAUAACAGUAGCAGAGUCAUUGUAACAGGUAUAUUAUUGCUGUAUUUUUAGAGGUUAAUUUGUGUAGAUUGUGUACAUUAUUGUUAAAUGAAUUUGUGUAAAAGGAUUUAAAUGUAAUAGUUUUACAGCAAGAUAACUGUUGAAUUGUAGGUAUCUGAAAUAUUUGCUUAUUUAUAUGCAGAGAUUUACCAUGCUGAAGAGUUGUCUUGUAUUUUCUUCCAUUUGUAAUGUAACCUAUUUAUAUAUUAUUGAAGUUCUAAAUAAUGUUUAUGGUAUUUUAGUGUCUUUGUGAGCCAAAGAAAAAAUACAAAAAUAUUAGUUGACACUCGUUUAAAUCUUAGUGCCCUUAAAAUAACUUACAGAUAAUUUUACUGAAGAUAAGGAAUUCUAACAUUGUGUAUAGACUGUCAAAUUAUGAAAUCCCUUAAAUCUAUUAGAAUUAUUAGAAUUUUCAGUUUUAUGUAUUGUAGUGUCAGUGUUCUGAAUGCUUUUCUAGUGAAUAUUGGUUGCUAACCAAGACCCCUGUUUUUAUUUCAGGCCUGAUCUCUAUGACCAUUUUAACCAAAUUCUGUGGGACUUUUAGCCAGCACCAUUCUUUUAUUGAAAUGGAAUUCACUAUCUGUUUGGAACUUACAACCCCCCCAAAAUAAUGUCAGUAUCUUUGAAUACAGCUGGCUUGUCCCAACAAUUCCAAUUGGCUAGGCUUUUGAAAUUAUAGACACCAGAUUCAUCUGCAGCUUGUUCAAUUUUAAUCACUAGAUAAUCAAUACUACCGAGUGGAAAAGUCUAUACUUGAAGCAGAGUAGUGGAACAAAAUGGAGAUUCAAUAAUUCUCUGUCUACUGAGUUACUGUCAUGGUGAUAAAUGGAAUAUGCUAAUUUCAAGUGUUUUCAUACAUGAUUCUGUGGCUAUUAUCUAUGCAAGUCAGUAAUUAAUUGCUUUUUCUCCCCACCCCUCCACCUCAGUAACAAAAUUGAAUUAUUUUAGAAAUGUUCAAUGAAAUGCAGUCAUGCUAUGCAGUUUUCACAGCCUCUCUGGCCCCAUCAGGCCUGUGGAAGGACAGCUACAGCCAGGAGAGGUUUCCAUCCUGCAGGUCCCACUGGUUGUCCUCUGAGGAUCCUGUCUCGCGUUUUUGGCAGUGUUAGCACAGGGAGAAGAAGCUGUUACGGUAAAUGCUGUGUCGUAUAGCACAGCCUUUCCAGCUUUUCUUAGGACUAUUGCUUAUUCCUCUUCCGUAACCUUCUGCAAAAUCUUUUCUUGAAAUUCAGUUGAAUCUAAAAAUUACUAUAAGUUUGUCACUGUCUUUUAGAUUUAUGAGUAUGACUUUCAGAAUAGUAUCUGCAUUGUUCCUUUUAUGUCAUUAAACCCUAGUAACCUUACUGGUACAGUAUUUCUUUCAUUAGAUUAUUUUCCUCAAGACAGUGUAGUUGGUCUCUUACCUUCUUGAUCGUUAACCUCAAUAUUCCUCAAUUAUAACCCUAUUAUCUGACCUUUGUAUUCAGUACUUAACAUUUCUUGAUGUAAACAUCCAUGCUGUAUGACCUGAGGCCUGCAGUACAGAAGUAGUCAGCAUGAACAUUGACUUCAGCAGUGCUAUCUUCCAUAAUGGUAAAUGCCAUUCUUUAUAGCUACCAGAUAUUCAGCAACACUAGAUGAUCUCUCAUUAUAGCUGUUUUUAGAGUACAGAAGAAGUAGGUCACAUUUUGAUUUACAGACUUCUGCCUGAAAUCUGAUCUCUGUCACAGUUUUACUUUAUUCAAAAGGCAGCUACAGAAGGCCUUGGACAGUUCUGUGACGUAGUCAGAAACAGAUCUAGAGCUCUUCACUACAUAUAUAAUGUUUUACUCACUAAAAUUUCUGCUUCUUCAUUUAAUGGAGUAUCUUGUGUUCUGAAGGUCAACAAUCAGAGGUUCUACCUGUUGCUGUUGAUGGUUUGCAGCUAGUUGGGAAUAAUGGAGCUCCUCCUGCCUUAUUUGGAAGUGAGAUAGUUAAUGAAGAGGUGUUUUCUCCAAAGAUAGGGGGCUUAAAUUUAUCUUCCUACCCUCUGCAUUUUAUUUUGCCUUUCUGCAGUGUUGUGUCCUGACACAGAUGACCACCAUUAGAUUUUUUGCAAAGCUUUUAAUUCUAAUAUCAGAUUCUGGAGUUUUCCUGUUACAUGUACCAUGUUCCGCAGGCACUGGGCUCAUAUUAAUUUCUGACUUGGUUAGCUGAUUUGAACAGAGCAGUUAGAGUCAGUAAGAAAACUCAUCUGUUUCCUUCUUAGUAGGUAAUUUCCAUCUGAGUAAUAUGCUACAGCUUCUCAGUUUAAGGUUUACCUGGAAUUUUCCUGCUUUUUAAUCCAUACAGUAUUGACUGUGAGAGAUCAGGAUGUAUGGAUAUACAGAAGUAUUGACUAAUUCAAAGCAUUGCAAUCCCGGUGAGUAACUUUGUUUUUCUAGGGUUUAGUAUAUACUCUAAGGUAGCAAUUUUGCCUUUAAAAGCACAUGGACAUCACCAUAACCUUGUGUGGGUGAAUUCAGAUCAAAUAAACAAUAGGAAAGAUCUCAGCUGAACAUGUAGCUGCGGUGCUUAUUAACUCACAUAAUUUAUUUGGAGACUGACCAUUGGAUAAAAAUCAACAGCAGCUGUUGAUUUUGAAUGACAAAAAUUCUGAUUGUGUAAUUAAAGGUAUGUUUUAGAGAAGAUAGUUAAAUUACGUCAUUCAGAGCAGACUAAUGGAACCAGGGGCCUUGGGAAUAACCCAGGAUUUUAAAAUCAUUGUUGACUUAGCUCAUACUCUGUUUUUUGAAUGGUGACAAAUAUGAAGAGAUUUUUUAAACAGAAUCUCUGUUUUGUGGUUUAAGAAAUGUUACAGUUAUAAAGAAGUUAUGCAAUGCACUUUUAAUUUUUCAAUAAAAGUUGAUCUUAAAACUGACUAAUUUGUCUCAUAUAAUUUUUGUGAGCCCUUUUGUUUCCUUAAGAAUAUGAGACAAAAGCCAUACAACAUUAUCCCUCACAUUAAAAAUGGUAAGGCAAAUGCUAUUUAAUUUUAAUAGGCUACUAUUUAAUUUUAUUAUUAUUUUAUUUAAUAGGCUACUAUUUAAUUUUAAUUGUGAAUUGAAUGUGAGCUUAUAUCAACACAGACUGAGGAAGAGCCACAAGCACAGAACCUUGGUCAGUUUGAACAGCACUGUUGAGAUAUUAGUACUGUGUAUAACAUGAAAAAGGUGAUCAAAAAUCUUGGAUUCUAGACCAUAUUUUGGGUAACCUGUCAUUCUCUUAUGGGAGAUAAAAUAUAUUUAAAUUUUUUUUUGGUAUACCAAAUAUAUUGAAAAAUAAGAGUACAUUUUGAAUUCAUAAAAGUAUAAUUUUUUUCAUUAUAUAGACAAGUUCUGAUUAAUUGGUGCUUUAUGCAUUAUCCAUAGAACUGUCAUUGAUUUUUACAGUAUGUAACGAAUUUGAUUUUGAUUGCUUUAGAGUAGGAUGAGCAUCCUUCAUGUAGCAUGAGUUUUCUUAAGAACAUUUUUCUUUCCAAGUUAAAAAUUUUAUGUAGCAAACUAUUCAUGAAGAAAAUACAUACUGCAAAGAAACUUAUUAAGUUGCUUAGUGUAGCAUGCAAAUGGCGUAAUGUAAAGCACUAAAACUCAUGGAUGAUUGUAUCGUGUGAGUAUUAAGGAAUGUUCAGGUUACGCACAGACUGUUCAAUACAAUGGUAGGACCAAACAAAAGUUUUGUAGUUAGAUACAGCUCACUGUGGUCAACAGAAUUACACCUGUCUGUAUUUCUUCAGCAGGGUUUUAUAACUUGCAUACUGUGACAAUUAUGCUUAGGGUGAUGAUACAUGAACUGGGAGUACUGCUUGCUCAAGAACAGCCACUAAACUAGUGAAGAGAUGAGAAGACACAAGCAUUCCAUGAAAGCAAAGGUUAAAAGGAAGGAUGACUGCAUAACAUGGAAGGAUUUAUGUUUCAUUAGGGCAUUUGAAAGAAUCAGACUUCUGGACAAAGCAAAAUAAAAAAUUUUGUUUAGAAGACAAGAUGCAAGCAAAAGUUUUUAAGUAGACCAGGUAAAGAAAGAAAAAAGGUCUGGUUCUCUGUUUUAAUAGAUCUAUCUACUGAGAAAAAAAGGUGCAUUGUUCAGUAAUGAUGAUAACAGAAAAAUCCUAAGAUAAAGUAUUACAGACUUUGAUUUGUUUCUGCUAUUUAUAAGAUAAUCUGUUCAGCAUCUGAAUGUAAUUAUUUCAGAUAAGUGUACUUUGUAUGUGUAUUUGUGAAUGUAUUUAUAUUCCUUGAUAUAAACGAGAAGAACAUGUACAUGCAUUUACAUACUCAGUGUGUAUCAGAAAAAACUAAGUUUUGCACGAUAUUGACUGUUUUGUGUAGCUCUUUUCAGGACAUCUGCAAAGAUUCUUGAAAUAUAACAUUAAAAAACUAUACCAUGAAGGAAA